AUGGAUGGGACGCGCGGCGGGUGGGAGGCCAUGAACAACUGCACCGAUCGGCAGGACUGGGAGUCCAUGGACUGCAACACGAGAGCCGGCUUCUACUACGACGAGCUCCUGAAAAAAUGCAUCAACUGCACCACGGUCUGCGGGCAGCACCCGAAGCAAUGCGUGCUGUCCUGCGAAAGGUACCUGCUGCGGUGCCUCUGCCUCUGCGCCCUCGUCUGCUCCCUGCUCCUGGGCUGGACCCACCUGCGGAGGAAGGGAGAGGUGGUCUCCUGCCAGGCCAGCGCUGGGACCUGCCACCGCAGGGAGGACUCCUCCAAAGAUCGACUGGUGGAAGCGGGCAGCGUUGGUGAUGGAUCCGCUGGUGGCAGGGUCCCAGAGCCCGUGGAAACCUGCGGCUUCUGCUUCCCCGGACACGGCUCUGCUGUACAAGAGACCAAAUCCUGCCACGGCACCUCGUAUCACAUAGGGGAAAGAGCUGCUCCCUCUCACUCCGGGAUAUGCAGCACGGGAAGUGCUGGGGCCAUUUCCAGCCCUGAGGAUGGCCACUUCAAAAUCAUAUGUUCUCCUGCACAAGAGAAGAUGCCCAUGGUGUGA